UGAGCCGCUUCUGUUUCAUUCACCCGGAGACCAAUUAGCCCACCUUAAUGAGGUGCUGGGAUGCAAGAUACUGCAAGCUAAAAAGGCGGAAGGCUGCGUUUAAUCCGUCUGCGGAUCCUAUGAGCUUGCAAUGGCUGUGGCGGGGAUAUGCAACCGGAUAGGGAAUAAUGUGCCUUUUUAUUUUGUGAUAUUUUCCUUAUUUUGUGGCCUUUCAUUUGGACAGUUGCGAUAUUCAAUUACAGAAGAACUAGAAAAUGGGGCACUGGUCGGUGAUCUGGCGCAUGACUUGGGGCUGGAUAUUCGAACGCUCUCCACCCGAAAAAUUAAGGUAACGUCCAACAGCGGUAAACGCUAUGUGAUUGUCAACCCCAAAAAUGGCAAAUUACUUGUCAAUGAAAGGAUCGACAGGGAGGUACUGUGUGAUUUAUCCAGCACCUGCCUCAUUAAUCUGGAUGUGCGGGUCGAAAACCCCACUGACGUGCACCAUGUCGAGGUGGAGAUUGUGGAUGCCAAUGAUAAUGAGCCGCAGUUUCCUAGAGACGAAUACCAACUGGAAAUCACAGAAUCGGCGUUGCCAGGGUCUCGUUAUCCAAUUGAAAACGCUCAGGACCCAGACAUAGGGUCCAAUUCAGUUCGUAUGUAUCAGCUUAGCACAAACGACCAUUUCGCGCUGGUAUCUAACAAACCCUCCCUAAAUACAAAGCACAUCGAGCUUGUGCUCAAAAAGCCACUUGAUCGUGAACAGACGCCUUACCACCAGUUAAUUUUAAGUGCUGUUGAUGGCGGGACACCAGAGAAAACAGGCACGGCCAAAAUCAAUGUGCGAGUCCUGGACUCCAAUGACAAUGUUCCCUUGUUCGACAGCUCAGUGUACAAGGUGAAACUGUUGGAAAAUUCGCCCAAAAACACCCUGGUAAUUAGAUUGAAUGCAACUGAUCUGGAUGAGGGCACAAAUGGAGAGGUUUAUUACUCUUUCAGCAGCUACACUCCAGAGAGAGUGAGGCAGAUGUUCAGCAUGGACACCAACACAGGAGAAAUAAGAGUGAGGAGCAAUGUUGACUAUGAAGAAACCAACUCCUAUGAGAUGUACAUCCAAGCAAUGGACAAGGGCCCCGGGGCCGUGGCAGCACACUGUAAGGUCGUGGUAGAGGUGGUGGAUGUGAAUGACAACGUCCCUCAGAUAGUGCUGUCAUCCCUGUCUAGUCCUGUGAGGGAGGAUGCCCGUGCAGACACAGUCGUGGCCCUCAUUAGUGUUACUGAUCGGGACUCUGGUGCUAACAAGCAGGUGAGCUUGGAGAUACCAGCAGGCCUUCCUUUCAAGAUCAAGUCAUUCAGAAAUUACUACACUCUGGUUACCUCAGCCUUCCUGGACCGUGAGACCACUGAUGCCUACAAUGUCACUCUGAGUGCCACAGAUGGAGGGAACCCUCCCCUUUCUUCCCAGAAGACCAUACAGGUGGAUGUGGCUGAUGUUAAUGACAACCCACCGCGAUUUGAACAGACUUCAUAUACUGUCUAUGUGACUGAGAACAAUGCCCCCGGGGCCUCAUUGUGUACUGUGAAAGCUCAAGACGCAGACAUCAAAGAGAACGCACGCAUCACCUACACAGUGCUCAAUGACAACAACCAUGGCAUCCCUGUCACCUCCUAUGUGUCUGUGAAGGCCGAUACAGGCGAGGCUUAUGCCCUGCGAGCCUUUGACUAUGAGUCACUGAGAGAGUUUCACUUCCAGGUCAAAGCCCAAGAUGGGGGCAUUCCUCCACUCAGCCGCGUCGCCACUGUCUACAUCUAUAUAAUGGAUUCAAAUGACCACGCACCACUGAUAGUAAACCCUCCGGGUAACGGCACGCGCUCCUUGGAGACAGUACAAAAGAAUGCAGAGCCUGGUGCCUUGGUGACCAAAGUGGUGGCAUAUGACGCAGAUGCUGGUCCAAAUGCCUGGCUGGUAUACAUGCUGGAAACAGCCACUGACCUGGACCUGUUCAAAGUGCAUGAACAUACAGGUGAGAUUAGGACAACCCGGAGGAUUCUGGAGGACAACUCCACCUCCUUUGCUCUAACAGUCUUGGUGAAGGAUCACGGGCAGCCUGCUCUCUCCUCCACAGCCACCAUCAAUGUGGCUGUCAUGGAGGUGCCACCCAAGGUGGUCCCUGACCCCAAGAGGAUCAUUCGACCUCACAGCACUCUGCUUUUCUCCAACGUGACCCUCUAUUUGAUUGUGGCUUUGAGUGCCACAACCUUUGUUUUCCUGGUCACUGUGGUGGUACUGGCCAUUGUCCGCUGUCAUGCAUACUGCACCCAGCCUGGGUCCUGCUCCCCUUGUUGUGUGUCACAGAAGCCCCCUCCAGAUGGUGGGAGCAGUAGCGUAAGUGCUGGUGGGGCAGGCAAUGCUGGAGCCGGGGCACAACCUAAUAACAAUGUGAUGCUUCGGAGAGACCUUAAAGUGGAGCCUCACUACAUUGAAGUGCGUGGGAAUGGCUCCCUAACAAAGACUUACUGCUACAAGACCUGUCUGACAGCCACCUCUGGCAGUGACACUUUCAUGUUCUACAACACAGGACGUCCCAUAAGUGGCACCUGGGGCAGCGGCGCUGACCGCUUCUUCACAAGUGGAAGUGGAUUUGUACGCAGACUGAGUAUGCCUGAUGCCUCACUGCAACUCUGCCCAGAGCCAAAAGCCCCGAAUGCUGACUGGCGAUAUUCUGCAUCUUUGAGGGCAGGGAUGCAGAGUUCGGUCCACAUGGAGGAGUCCUCUGUGAUGCAGGGGGCCCAGGGGAUGCUGGUCCAGAACUGGCCCACUGUGUCUAGCGCUGCUGAUGGAGAGGGUGGUGGAGAGCUAUCUCCCCCGGUGGGCGCUGGAGUCGACAGCAACAGCUGGCACUUCAGAUACGGUGCCGGACAAAGCUACGGCCCUCCUCAGCCUCAGCUCCUGAAGCCCGGUGAGAUUCCUCCUGAAGCCUUCAUCAUCCCCGGAUCCCCAGCCAUCAUUUCUAUCCGCCAUGAUGGAGGCCCCGUGGAUGACAAAGGUGACUUCAUAAGCUUUGGCAAGAAGGAGGAGGCCAAGAAGAAAAAAAAGAAGAAGAAGGACAAGAAGGACAAGAAGGAUAAAGGAAAGGAUGAUGGAGACGAUUAGAGGAGAAAAGGGUGACUUCAAAACAGAGCUAUCAACAAACUAUCAUCCCAAUUACAGAGCCAGAAAAAAAAGCCAAUUGCAUAUUGUAGAACAGAAACAGAGGGAGCCCUCUUGCACCAUAUUUGCAUAGACACUGUACAGUGGCCAAACCCUCAUUAGACCAGGCCUGGCUCCCCACACCAUGCGAACUUGCUAAACAAAUGUUACUCUCUCCUUCUUGGCUCAUUAGGCCUAUAACUAUGGCCUAUAAAAGUCUAAAGUUUAUGGUAAACACAUGUCUUCAUCUAAAGGCUGGACCAAAUUCAAACAGAAAGGAUUUUAUUGGAUUAGAUUUGCCUUUCUGUGAUUUACUGCCCACCUAGUUUGUAUAAUGAAAACAAAAACACCUGAAAAGGUGUACUAUAUGUAUCUGACCAUUGUCAGCUGA